GCGAUUUGGAGUUUCUUCAAUCUGAAUUCUUCUCUUUGUAGUCUUUUGUAUCAGCGAACGGCUCUAAGAUGACAGAGGACAACGAUGAUGCUAGGGUUUCUCCAAGCAACUCGUCUACAACGAACGAUACUUCUCGAACGAGACAAAGGAGAAAGAGAAAGUGGGAUCAGCCAGCGGAGCAGCUUGUUGCGGCUGGACUUGCGUUUCCUCAGUUACUUCCUUUAGGGAAUACUAUGAAUGUUCCUUCUAUGUCACCAUUGCUCCAAACGCUUUCUGUGCCUCCACCAGGUCCAAAAGUUAAUCAACAUAAGAUACAGGAUGAGUUGAUCAUAGCGCGAGAAAUUGUUAUCAACGAUGCUGAGGCUUCUCUUAGGCACAAGCUUACUAAACGCUCAACUCAAGAAGAUAUUCAGAGGUCUACCGGUGCUGUGGUGAUUACUAGGGGCAAGUAUCGUCCUCCAAAUGCACCUCUUGAUGGUGAAAAGCCGUUGUAUCUUCACAUAUCUGCUGCUGCCCAGUUAAACGAGACUACAGAACGUAUUUUAGCAGUUGAUCGUGCAGCAGCUAUGAUUGAGGAGAUGAUGAAACAGAAAUCAAUUUCACAGGUCGGAUCAGUUGGUUUACCGACUGUCAAGAUGCAGAGCACAUGCGUGUAUUUGGGUUUCGAAGCCGACCCAUCAUCUAAUGUUGCUGCUCGUAUUCGUGGGCCUAAUGAUCAGUAUAUAAAUCACAUUAUGAAUGAAACAGGAGCAACUGUGGUACUAAGAGGGCGCGGUUCUGGAAGCCUUGAGAACCAACAUGGAGAAGAAGCACAGCUACCGCUGCAUCUAUUAUUGUCCGGCAGCAACCCAAAGACCAUCGACGAUGCAAAACGUUUAGCUGAGAAUCUUAUGGAUACGAUCAGUGUAGAAUUUGGGGCUUCAAGGGUUUCCUCAAGCAAGGUGUAUGGUGCAGUACCACCACCACAGCAACUGCUUUCUGGAGCUCCAGGUUCUGAAAAGGAGCAAACGCCAAAUUUGACUUCAACAUAUGGUUUGAUGACAUCGAUCCCCAUCGCAGCACCACCAAGCACUGUUAGUCCGUUUCCAGUUACUCCAGCUACAAGUCUUUAUCCUCAGUUUCCAGUAAUGCAACCUCUAGGAAUAUCAAAUGGUGGGCACUUGCAUCCAAGUCCUGUCAGUUACUUACAUCCCGUGGCUGGGGGAACUAGCUAUAGUGGGUAUGCUGGAAUAUACCCUCAAGCCACACCACUGCAACAAGUUGCUCAAGUCCUUAAGCAAUCAAUUUCUCCUGUUAUCUCCACUGUGCCCCCUACUAUGUUGACAGCUACGUCCUUAUCGACCCCAAGUGAUAUUUCAAGUAAGGAAAAGGAAAGGCAUCCACCCCGAAAGCGAAAGUUUCAGGAACUACCAGCUGAUUGUAAGGUUCCAGCAAAAGCCAAACAGCAAUCGGAGUUAGCAAUGACAGGUGAUGUCACUCCAAAGAAUAUAGUUGAGGAGCCAUUAGCAAAUAGAGUGCGGUCUCCGCCUUCACCAAGAUCUGUAAUGCCUCCUCCUCCACCAAAGACCAUCACACCACCGCCUUCUAAGACCGUGUCUCCUCAAUCAUCAAGAAGCAUGCUUCCUCCACCACCACCUUCUAAGAUCAUGUCUCCUCUAUCGUCAAAAAGCAUGCUUCCUCCACCACCACGAUUUACACCAACAACUCAACCUUCAAGAUUACAGGACAACCACAUCACUGUAAAGAAACCAAAUCCAGUUCCAGAUACGUUGAUAAAGCUGAUGGAAUAUGGAGACGAUGAAGACGAUGAUGACGAUUCUGAUGAGACAUUGACAAUCAGAUCGUGACAGUGUUUAGAUUACAGAAACUUCUUAUCUGGCAACAAAAUGCCAAUUUAUGUUUGUAACAAUAGAAAUGUUGAUGUCUUACUGAUUUGGAACUUCAUUGCCUAAUGCUUUAGUUAAAUCUUUAAAAUAUUAGUUACUUGUUUUGCAAGAAAUUAAUCCUUUUGUUAUAGUAACUCAUAUUAUUGAUUUUAUACAUGAUGGAGAAGCCUUUCCAAGUUAUCAUUUUUUUCUUUCAAUAAAUAGAAUUAGAUUAU